ACAAAUCUAAAAGACAGUUUCGGUUUCGCACGAGAAACACCUUCAAGAAAGCAGCGGCAAAGUUUUCAUUUUCUCGAAGUUGUUAAAUCAUAAAGAGCUUUAUAAACCUUGCUUGAUCCGGGUGAAUUAACUAGGUUCAGUCAUGGGAGCCAUACCGAAAAGUGGCAUCGUAGUCGUCACAAUUUGUAGCGUACUGCUGUUUCUCUGUGGCGUGGGAAACAUUGCAGCUGGGUCUCUAUUCUUCGAGGAAGAAAAAUCGAACAUCGUGCCAUUGUCGGGUGGAAUGGGAUUAUGGUCUGGCGCUGUGAUGAUUGCAAGUGGGAUAGCAGGCCUGAUGGUGUGUGGAACCAAGCACAAAGCAGCGCUGUCCCUGUACAUCGGAGUGGCCAUCUUCUGCUUUAUGAUUUCUCUUGCUCAACUUGGGAUCACGGCCUUCACCUACCACGUGCUAGCCUUACUGAAGGACGGCAAGUGCGUUAACAGCGGAUUGACGUGUGAAUGCGACGACGCUCAUUUGGGCAAGCUGAGGCUAACCUCCUCCCAAUGCCCGGAUGUCGCAGUGAACUAUGAUCCCUACAAGCCUCAUCUCCUGGCGGUGAUGAUCAUCUCCAUCAUCGCAAUCUGCAUCAUCUUGUUGUGCGCUUUGAUGGCACUUAUCAUCUCUUGCAACACUGAAAGGCGCAAGAAGAAUCAAGCGUCCGCUUUGCCUCCUAAAAGCAAAGGCUACGACAAGCAAGUGAACGACUCUCUUUGAUUGACGUACGGGGAAAUCAAGUUACAGCGGCCCUCUAGAUGUAUGCAAACCAACUUAAAAAUUUCUGUUAACACCCGCGUAUAAGAACUUAGAAUUUGCAAGAUCAGGCAGAAAAGGUUCUUAUAAAUUUGGGUACUUUUUGACAAAUUUGGCUCUAAAGGUUCUUAAUUGGUUCUUAUUUUUUUUAUAUACAACGAACAAUAACAGUUAUUAUAACAAUCAAUACUGAAUACAACCUAUAAGCCCAUGUUGCAUUUAACUACAGUAUGCAAUGCACCAAACAUUUAUAAAGAGUAUCUUUUUUCUUUUGUUGUCAACCGUAAAUCAGAAUUCUGACAAAUCAUUUCAGUAGUCUUUUAAAUAGGAACCUAUUCUAUCACAGCAGGCUGAUUAGGUUAGGGAGGUAAAGCUGUUACCCAUCCAAUCUGAUGACAUUAAAUGGAGUUUGUUGUUGCAUAUUCUUUUUAUAAAACGUCAGUUUUAUAAAAGAAAGAACACAUAUAGUGUUUUUCAUAUCAUUCAGAUAGCGCUAAAGAUGACAUUUUCGGAUAUAGCAUCCAUACAGCAAUACCUUAAAAAAUCGUGUUUGCUCUAGUUUUCCUGUCUAUUUAAAGGACAUUUUUGAAAAGGGCAGUAAAGCGCUAGUUACUGAAAGAAGUCUGUCAGUACUGUGGUUAAUCACCGGCCGGUCAUGGAUAUCCCGGAAGGCAAAGCUUUCAUUUUAAUGACAUUAAAUUUGCAUGCGAGCGAGGUUUUUCUUUCUCUGUGCAGUUGAAUGAAAAGAAAAGAAAAGCAAAAUAAAUUAAACUUACCUUGUAUUUUUCUUGCUGUGAUAAAAAUUUGUUACAAAGAAGCUAUUUUAUGGGAAAUUCAAUAAGACCUUACAGAUCAUCGUAUUGCCUUUUUUGAUGUUAAAGAACUAACUGUUAAAGAAUGCAUUCUUUUGAAUCUAGGGGAGGUAUGUAUUAAAACAAGGUGAAUUCUGUA